UCAGUCUAGUGGUUUGUUUCUGACUGUCUUCCCCGGUUGUUGUCACAGAAUCUCUUGACUUGACAGCUUCAUCCUCCAUCCGCGAAUCUUUUCUCUGGUCAACAACCACCAAGAAACAAGCAACAAACUUUGCACCACACGUUAUCAAUAGCAGGGACAUCUAAAUACCUUUACAAUGGCCGACGACUACUCCAACGGCUCGACUAACCUCGAUGCCCUCAAAAACAACGCUGCUUCUGCAUAUGAUGCCGUGACGAAGGGCCCCGUCGCUCAGAACGUCGCCGACCAGUCCGCCAAGACUGUCGACGAGCUCUCCAACCUUUCUGCGUCUCGUCGCACUCCCUCGACCCCCGCGGCUACUGGCCAGCCCUUGACACACUACCACUCGUUCUUUUCCGAGCUGUUGUCAUGGAACAACCCUCGUGCCUCUGCCAUUGCUUACCUGAGCAUCGUCGCUGCCAUCUUCUCUGUUAGGUACCUUGAUAUGCUCCGCUUGGGUUUCAAGCUCACUUGGAUGGUCCUCGGUGUUACCGUUACUGCCGAAGUUGCCGGCAAGACCAUUCUCAACCAGGGCUUGGCUACCCAGCUGCGCCCGCGCAAGUAUUACACUGUUUCCAAGGAGACUCUGGAUAGCGCUAUUGGCGAUGUUCAUGAGCUCGUCAACUUCUUCGUCAUCGAGGCUCAGCGUAUUCUUUUCGCUGAAAAUGUCUACGUGUCCGGCCUCGUUGCCAUCGCCGCUUUCUUCGCCUAUUAUCUCGUCAAGAUUGUCCCCUACUGGGGUCUUGCCCUGAUUGCCACCACUCUUGCCUUCCUCGGCCCCCUCGUCUACAAGACCAACAAGGAGUUCAUCGAUGCCCAGCUUCACCGUGCUAGCGAGAUCAUCGGCGCCCAGACUGCUCAGCUCAAGACCGUGGCUCAGCAGAACACCGAGAAGGCUACCCAGUUGACCAAGCAGUAUGUUGGCGAGUAUACCGCCAAGGCCCAGACGCUCGUUAGCAAGGCUACUCCUGCCUCUCUCCACGGUGAGGAGCACACCAACGGUCAUGCCAACAAGUCCGAGCUCCGCGACGCCGAUUUCCCUCCCGCCCCCCAGGCCGACAUCAAGACCGAGCCUGUUGUUCCCGUCACUGUCAAGAGCGGUGAGCAGCAGCCUCUGCUGAUUUAGGCGAACUUCAAUGGUUAAACCUUCUACGGCAAAAAUUAUGCUGUGGUCGGUUUUACACUUUACCUAAAUACUCCAUGGCCGGCAAAGUCCGGGAUUCCAUGAUCAUGAUACCC